AUGAAUUGGGCGGCGGUCGCCUUAGGCGCCCCCCCGCCGGCGGCUCGCCGUGUCGAUAUUCCGGCAGAUAUGGACGCGUCCCCUGCCACUGUUCCGGAGACCAUGCAGAUUGAUAGUGGUUCCGUAAUGUUAAACGCGGUAGCCUUAACAGAGACAGACGCGCGUGCCACAACACCCGUCACAGGACCCGAACCCGCCCCGGCCGUUGCCGCCCUAGCGGCCGUAGAACCAUUACUUGAACUGGUCUCUGAAACGACACCCACCCCCACGGUCAGUCACAGUGUGGUGGCGGUAGAUCAAUCUGUGUCUUUAGAGAACGUGGACCGUGCAGUUUUUGUCCCGCCCGCUCAGGUGACGGAAGUGUCGCGUGUCGUCACGGCAAGCCGUGCACACGUGGACACUGCCCCCCCUCUCGACAGACAAGACUCGUCUUCUUCUGUCGGUGCGUCGGUUCGGUCGCGUAGUGACCCCGACAACGAUAGGCGCGACAGAAGUAGAAGUUCCUCGACCGAUUCUAGACGGUCGUCCACGAGACGGGAGCGUAGUCCGUCACCUGUUAGGAGGCCGCUAUCUCAAGGGAAGCCAAAACGGCAGCGGCGUAAGGGGGGGCAGCGCGGAAGCGCGGAGGUUCGGCCCGGCGCGGCCGCUCACGUGACCCGGUCAGCUGUAGGCGCGAGAGCGGACGGCAGCGGUGCUGGUGGCGGCCAGGCUGCGGGCUCGGAAGCGCACAGGGCCGAAGUGGUCCGGCAUCUGCAAUCGGUCAUCCACCAAUCGGACGCGCUCCCUCCCAGUGAAUCGGUUCCACAACCUGCCGUGAAAGAUACGCCUCCGGUUACGAGCGUGCGCCCUGUUACACAGGACGCUGUAGUAGCGCAGUCUCGUAGCGACUUGUCCACGAUGUCUGUCGCGGGGGCGUCCCCACCUGUUACCCGACCGGGGGCGUGGGGUGAUGAGCCGCCUGAUGAUUAA